AGAUGAAAUCUGAUUAGGCUUUGGAGGGCGUGGUUUGCCUCUUGAAAGUCCUUGCCAGUCUUUAGAAAGCUGUGUUGCUUAGAGCACCCAAAAGUGCCCUUAUCUAACUGAGGGAGGCGCACUUGUCUUCAUAUAUAGAGGCAGGAGCUGGCAUUGGGAAAGUCAAACUAGUUCUGCACCAUGAGGAAGAAGCAGCUUAAGACGGAGGCAGCGCCACACUGUGAGCUAAAAUCGUAUUCUAAGAAUUCAGCCACUCAGGUAUCCACCAUGGUGUUGGGUCUUGAACAGAAGAUGUCAGAUGACAGCGUUUCUGGAGAUCAUGGGGAGUCUGCCUGUCUUGGUACCGUCAACCCUGUCUCUAGUAAUCCCUCUCUUCCACGGUCCCCUGGGGACUCAGAGGAGUACUUCGCCACUUACUUUAAUGAGAAGAUCUCCAUUCCUGAGGAAGAGUACUCUUGUUUUAGCUUUCGUAAACUCUGGGCUUUCACCGGACCAGGCUUUCUUAUGAGCAUUGCCUACCUGGAUCCAGGAAAUAUUGAAUCCGAUUUGCAGUCUGGAGCAGUGGCUGGAUUUAAGUUGCUCUGGAUCCUGCUGUUGGCCACCCUUGUGGGGCUGCUGCUCCAGCGGCUUGCAGCUAGACUGGGAGUGGUCACUGGGCUGCAUCUUGCUGAAGUAUGUCACCGUCAGUAUCCCAAGGUCCCACGGAUCAUCCUGUGGCUGAUGGUGGAGCUGGCUAUCAUCGGCUCAGAUAUGCAAGAAGUCAUUGGCUCAGCCAUUGCCAUCAAUCUUCUGUCUGUAGGAAGGGUUCCUCUGUGGGGUGGCGUUCUCAUCACCAUUGCAGAUACUUUUGUAUUUCUCUUCUUGGACAAAUAUGGCUUACGGAAGCUCGAAGCGUUUUUUGGCUUUCUCAUCACUAUUAUGGCCCUCACAUUUGGAUAUGAGUAUGUUACAGUGAAACCCAGCCAGAGCCAGGUACUCAAGGGCAUGUUCGUACCAUCCUGUUCAGGCUGUCGCACUCCACAGAUUGAACAGGCUGUGGGCAUCGUGGGAGCUGUCAUCAUGCCACACAACAUGUACCUGCAUUCUGCCUUAGUCAAGUCUAGACAGGUAAACCGGAACAAUAAGCAGGAAGUUCGAGAAGCCAAUAAGUACUUUUUCAUUGAAUCCUGCAUUGCACUCUUUGUUUCCUUCAUCAUCAACGUCUUUGUUGUCUCAGUCUUUGCUGAAGCAUUUUUUGGGAAAACCAAUGAGCAGGUGGUUGAAGUCUGUACGAACACCAGCAGUCCUCAUGCUGGCCUCUUUCCUAAAGAUAACUCGACACUGGCUGUGGACAUCUACAAAGGGGGUGUCGUGCUGGGAUGUUACUUUGGGCCUGCUGCACUCUACAUCUGGGCAGUGGGGAUCCUGGCUGCAGGACAGAGCUCCACCAUGACAGGAACCUAUUCUGGCCAGUUCGUCAUGGAGGGAUUCCUGAACCUAAAGUGGUCACGCUUUGCCCGAGUGAUUCUGACUCGCUCUAUUGCCAUCAUCCCCACUCUGCUUGUUGCUGUCUUCCAAGAUGUAGAGCAUCUAACAGGGAUGAAUGACUUCCUGAAUGUUCUACAGAGCUUACAGCUUCCCUUUGCCCUCAUACCCAUCCUCACAUUUACGAGCUUGCGGCCAGUAAUGAGUGACUUUGCCAAUGGACUAGGCUGGCGGAUUGCAGGAGGAAUCUUGGUCCUUAUCAUCUGUUCCAUCAAUAUGUACUUUGUAGUGGUUUAUGUCCAGGAACUAGGGCAUGUGGCAUUGUAUGUGGUGGCUGCUGUGGUCAGCGUGGCUUAUCUGGGCUUUGUGUUCUACUUGGGUUGGCAAUGUUUGAUUGCACUGGGCAUGUCCUUCCUGGACUGUGGGCAUACGUGCCAUCUGGGAUUGACAGCUCAGCCUGAACUCUAUCUUCUGAACGCCAUGGAUGCUGAGUCACUUGUGUCUAGAUGACUGACAGCCUGAGAGACUCUAUGAGAACACGUUUUUCUAAGCCCUUUUUGUGCCAGGUGUCCUGUUAACAUCUCUGUUAGUUCAGAGGUGAGUUUUGUUCAGACACUUUGAACAAAAGGCAAAGAUUUCCUCAUGGGAAGGGUGUUCAAAACUGACAGCUAUAAAUGUAGGUCAGAGACCACCCACCUCACAACAGUCUUACACUCCCAGAGUUAAACAAUUGGCCUCUGAGGGCCACACACCCCUAUGGGCUUGUGUCUUGGACUCUGGGAUUUAAAAGAUAUAUAUGUAUAUAUAUUUAUGUAAACCUGAGCAUCUCAGUUUGGGUAGAGUUUUAAGGUUAUAUGACACUGAUAGAGCUUUUGUAUUUUUUUUUUUUAAAUAUUGUUUCGAUAUAUCAGAUAUUUGUUUUGUCUGGAUCACAAGUGAGAAAGGAAAGAGAAUAAUGCUCUUCUUCACAAUGAACCGGUCAAAUUGACUAUCUUGUAAAGUGAUAUUUUGCUAUGUCAGUUAAAUUUCACUUUGAUUUUAAUCAACCAGAUUAUAUCCUUUGUAUCUACUGAUAUUAACACAUCAUAUUAACACAUCGUUUCUUAAAAAACAUUUCUUCUAUUUGGCAAUCAUAGUUAACGCUGGUUAUCAGCCUGUUUUGUAAUUAUUGUCUUUGUUGUCACUUUUCUUGAAUUGUUUUCUAGUCAUUAAACAGAUAUGAAGGCAUUUGCCAAAGAGCUUUAAUACCCAGUAACAAGAUCCAGAAACCACACUUUAUCCAGUGAUCAGUUUUCCCUGCUGCAUUGUAACUCAGCUCAUUCUGGCAUUCAGGUUUUAGGCAGAAAAAGAAGAAACUUCUAACAUUUAACUUGUAAGUCCUGACAUAAGAUAGUGAAGAUAUUUAUCUUCCUUCUAAUAUUUAUAUAGUCUGCCAAUGUAUUUUCUUCCCACUAUUCCCAUUAACAUAGCAAACACCAUUUCUAGAUCCAAAGUCUAUUUCUAGGAGUGGCUAAUAUUUGUAUUGUUGAAUCUCCUAGGGAAUGCUAAACGUUUCACUUUAAAAUACCUAUUUAUACUAAGUGGCAUGAGAUUAGUACUAGAGUGAGAUUUGGAAGAUUAGUCCACAUAUCACAAACUGCUUGCCUACAUGUAGAGAUUUUUUUUUCACCCACCUUCCUAAACAGGAAGUUGUUUCCUUAAUUCUUUUUGUUUUUGCUGUUGUUGUUGUUGUUUGUUGUUUUUUUGAGACAGAGUCUUGCCCUGUCGCCCAGGUGGGAGUGCAAUGACGUGAUCUCAGUUCACUGUAACCUCUACUUCCUGGCUUUAAGUGAUUCUCCUCUUUCAGCCUCCUGAAUAGCUGGGAUUACAGGCAUCACAUUUUUAGUAGAGAUGGGGUUUCACCAUGUUGCCCAGGCUGGUCUCAAACUGCUGACCUCAAGUGAUCUGCCUGCCUCAGCCUCCCAAAGUGCUGGGAUUACAGGUAUGAGCCACUGCACCCAGCCUUUUUUGUUGUUAAGACAGGGUCUUGUUCUGUCGCCCAGGCUGGCGUGCAGUGGCGUCAUCUCAGCUCACUGCAACUUCUGCCUCCUAGGCUUAAAGCCAUCCUCACACUUCAGCAUCCCAAGUAGCUGGGACUGCAGGCACACACCACCACACCCAGCUAAUUUUUGUAUGUUUUGUAGAGAUGGGAUUUCACCAUGUUGCCCAGGCUGGUCUUGAACUUGAGAGCUCAAGCGAUCUGCUGGCCUUGGCCUCCCAAAGUGCUGAGAUUAUAGGUGUGAGCCACCGCAUCCAGCCCACUCCUCAUUUCUUUCUAGCCCCAAAGGUGUUGUCAGAAAUCCUGCAGCCUUUGUGUGACUUUGAGCAUCACUUUCCCCUUUCAGCAUUAAAUAUAUGACCUCUCUGCCAUAUUUUAGAACUUAUUACAUUUCAGUAAAACUUUUUAAAAAAUCCAGACAUUUCCUAUCUUCGUUUAUAAUUGUUUGGCCCUUAAAGAGGCAGGGGUAUUUCUAAAAUGACACUUUAAAAUUUCCUCAUUUCUACUUCAGGGCCUCUUAAAACUUCAGAUAAUAAGAGCAGCCAACCCUGCAACUCAGGUUAUAGUCCUUCUGAUCUUAACAUUGAGACUGAAUUAACAUCAAUUAUAUGCUUUUACUUGAAAAAGAGACUCUGAAAAUAAGUUUUAGUGUUUUGGUUUCUUUAUAUAGGACAACAACUCUAGAUGAACCAGUUUGUUGGAUUUCCCCCACCUCUCUGGGCGGUUUUGUUUCUCAGUCAUUUCAUUACCAGAGAGUGUUGGGGAAAGUAAGGUAAAAAAUAAAAACAUCCUGUUGUGAAACUCAUAGAAAGGUGAGGUGGUUGGUUAAGUACUUAUGGAAUUUCUAUAGCUCUUUUCCAGUCUUUAACUGUAUGUUACUAGGAACAGAGAAUACAGGUUUAUAAGUGUACCCUUCAGGUCACACAACUCCUGUAAUCAGAAAAUGUCAUAGCAAACUGAAUCAUGUCAAAGCCAGUACAGGAGGUUGAUAACUAAGAGUGAAUCUUGGGUAAGCUUUUUUCUAAGUUAAGAAUAUUUACUCACUCUCCAAUUUGUGGUAAAUAAAUCUGGAUUACUAUAAGUGUACUUACGCAGAUAUUAAUAUAUUCAAUCUUAAGAAUAACCUGAGUGCAUUCACUUCAUUCCUGCCAUUCAACACUAUGGAGUCAAUCUGUAAAAGGAUGUUCUGACAAUGUAUACACAGAAUGUCAGAAAAAGUACAAUUAAGUAAUUGUUACUGAGCAGUCGCUGCUACAUAACUGUGUGCCAGCCUAAUAUAAAAGGCAGGUAAAGUGUAUCCAGGCAUAUGAAGUAGUUUCAUUAGUAAGAGAGGCAGGGGUUUUAGUGGCUGAUAUAAACAGCCUUCUCAAUUUCAGACAUUACAACAUGAGGCCACUAAAACUCUGCCCAGGAAGUCUUUUGCAAAUUCAAGUAUUGUUAUCUGUUUAUAGGGUCUUCAUGCAGUGACCCUCCCACUUUACCCAAGCUGAAGUGGGUGAAUUCACAUCCUGCAUACUUCCUAACUUUUCUCCAAAUGUGAUUUUACAUUUUAAUUUAAACACAGUUUGUAGGUUCUCAUGCAUAGCUACUCUUAACAAAUGAAUACUUUGCUUUUUUUCAAGCAACAAAUAUAUUACUUUAGCUCUCUCAGAGUAAGAUUACAAAAUUGUGGAACCUAUUGGGUUUUGUAAGAAAAGCUAGUUUCUAAUUAAACUCUUAAUCUAUUUUUAGUGCUAAGUACAUAUUGAGAAGGUAGAAUAUUUCUAGUAGCCUGGUUAGAAAAUACUUUUCAUUGCACAACCAACAUGAAAGGAUGAGUUAUUUCUAUGCCAGCUGUCCUCAGUUUUCCUGACCUUAAUGGAACAUAUUAGAUCCAGCUGCUGGAAUAUUUACUUUAAUGGAAUAAAGCAGUUGGAUUCUUUCCUUGCCUAUUUUCCAAAGAGGACAGUGUUGACCAAAAUAUAUGUACUUGUUGGUAGCACUAGAAGAGCUUCAUGAUGGAUACAGUUGACAACUUUUAAAAUAAUUAUCUGUGCCAAUGGAGAAAAAUGUAUAUAAUACACAGAACAGUAGGUUAAUAUCCAGAGUGCAGACAUAUUUUCAUAUAUUCUUACAUCUUUCUUGUCCCCAAAUACUGGACUUCACCUUCUUGUCAGCGUAAACCUCCAUUACAGGAAACACUGAGGAAAAGGAAGUACCCACCAGAAAUCAUCUUACCUUGCAUAUAUUCUUGAUUUUAUUUCAGUGACUUUUUUUUUUAUCUCCUAGGCUUGAAGUCUUUGGGAUUAAGGUUAAGUCAAGGCAGUUAUGUCUUCAGCAAAGCCUAGUUAAUUUUUUAGACCCUGAGGGCAGUUAGAGAGGAGUUCAAGGCCACAGGUAUACUUAACCUUUAACAUCUGCUUUGGUUUCUUGUGUUUUCUACAGUGUCGUACCACAUUAGCAAUAGCGCUUCUGGACUAAAUCCUUUUUGCCAUCUCAGGAAAAAGAAAUUUGUUUGCAGUUUACCUUUGUAUUCUUAGAAAUACUUUAAAGUCUAAAAAUGAAUAAAAAAUAUUUAAAUGUUAAA